UCAUUUCCAAACCCAAUUUUCAUUUUGCUGCUUUUUUCCAAAAUAGCUUCUGCUAUUCAUCUUUCCUUUCACACUUCACAUCAACCAAACUUCAACUCCAUGGAUUCUCUUCCUUCCGUAUCUCCUUCAAUGGUCCUACCUCCCACCAAUCCUUUCCGUCGCCAUACCCGACGCCUUUCUCUCUUCUCUCGUCAUCUUCCUCCGAGACUCUUCUCCGCACCUCGCUGCCGAACGAGGAGGAGGAAGGAGGUGUCGUGCAACGUCGGCGGCGGAGGAGACUCCGGUGAAAACGAGGAGGUGGAUAAGGCGCUUCACAUGGACGGCACAAUUCCUGGAAGCUCCGACGAGUUCCUGAAACGUGUUUCCUCCCGUGCUUAUGACAUGCGCAGGAAUCUUCAUCAGUCUUUUGAUUCUAGUAGCUACGACGUUUUAGAUGACAACCCUUGGAGAGAAACUUCAAAGCCUGUGUAUGUACUCACCCAAAAGGAAAACCAAUUGUGCACAAUGAAAACCCGAAGAAAUAGAAGCGAAGUUGAAAGAGAGCUUGGCUUAUUGUUUUCUAAAGGAAGUAACCGGAGAGCUGCAAUAGGAAAUCAGUCAAAACAAGCAAGGGGAGGGACAAAAUUUCCGAUGCUUGUAGAAGAUAUCAGCGAGGGAGUGCUGGUAUUUGAAGAUGAAAAUGAGGCAGCAAAGUAUUGUGACUUGCUGCAAGGAGGUGGUCAAGGUUGCGAGGGUGUUGCCGAGAUAGACGCCUCAUCGAUAUUUGAUCUUUGCAAGAAAAUGAGGGCACUUGCAGUUCUAUUCCGCAGAGGGAGGACACCUCCUGUGCCCGAAAACCUUAAGCUCAAUCUGCGAGCUCGAAAACGGUCCCUUGAAGACCAAGACGAUUCGAUAUGAAAUUCAGCUCCCUUGUGAUGGGAGAAAAGUGACUGUAUGCUAUCAAAUUUUAGUCCCCCAAAACAGCCACAGGGAACAAAAAUGUGUAUAAUAUAACAAAUUGAUUCAUCAGUAUAUAUAAAAAAGUAUAGCAUGUAUAUUGUUGCUUAA